CACAGCAAACAGGAGACGUUGCUCAAUCCCAAGCAUGAAAAAAAAGCUGUUUAUCGAUGCGGACACAGGGGUGGAUGAUGCUCAGGCCAUCAUGGUGGCCCUGGCGGCCCCCGAUGUGGAGAUUUUGGGGAUCACCUGCUGUUAUGGCAACACGCCGCUGGAGAACGUCCUCAUGAAUACGCUGCGCGUCCUGAAAGCCUGCAACAGACUGGAUAUCCCAGUGUACCGAGGAUGCUCAGGGCCCCUGCUGGCCAACCGGCGCCACGCUGGAGACUACCAUGGGAAGGACGGCAUGGGCGACGCCCCGGACCCGGACGCCCCCGGCCUGGAGCUGCUGCAGAAAAAAAGAGGCGUGCCUGCCAUGGUCAAGAUAAUUAAUCAAAACCCCGGAGAGGUGACCCUGGUGGCCACGGCCCCCCUCACUAACUUGGCCGUCGCAGUACAGCUGGACCCCUCCCUCCCCAAGAAACUCAAGGCUCUUUACAUCAUGGGCGGAAACACAGACUCCAGAGGUAACACCACAGUGUGCGGAGAGUUCAACUUUGUGGCCGACCCCGAGGCCGCCCACAUCGUGCUGGACCGCUACACCUGCCCCACCUUCAUCACCCCCUGGGAGUUCAGCUGCAGGAACAGUCUGCCGUGGACUUUCUGUGAGCAAUGGCUGUCCCAAAACACAGAGAAGGCUGCGUUUAUGAGGAAGAUCACCAGCCUCUCAAUGAAGAAAGCUCAGUCGGCCAACUAUCAGAAGGAGAUCACAGAAGGAAAAGGGUUCAACUCCUGCGACACCUACGCCAUGGCUGCAGCCAUCGACGACACAUUUAUAACAGAGAGUGAAGAGGUUGCCGUGACAGUGGAGCUGCAGGGGAAAUACACCCGAGGCAUGAUGGUGCUGGACUACAUGGAGCUGCUGAACAAGAAGCACAAGGCCGUGAUCAUGCAGAAUGUCGACCUGGAGAAGUUCAAGCAGAUGUUCAUGAACUCGCUGAAGUAAAGAGAUGCUGUGACGAGGAGAAGGCAGGAAU